AAACAAGACUUUUAAACUUCCCUUUCUCCUUCUUUCUUUCUUUGGUUUUGCUAGUUUUGUUUUAUUGUGAGUUUAUUUUUCUUUAAUUAAAUCUAUCUAGGUUAUUAAAUUUAUUGCUACAGCUAAUUUAAUCUUGGACAUGGCAACCAUGUAUGUUAAGGAUGAUGUAGGUAGUACUAUCAUACCAUCAUCUCAAAGACCAGACGGGUCAUGGAGGAAGCCAAGAAGAGUUAAGGAAGGAUUUGUUCCUCAAGAAGAGGUACCUCUCUAUGAGUCUAAAGGCAAGCAAUUUGCAAAAGAGCGUGAAAAUACUCUGCCUCCUGGUUUGGAUCCCGAAUCAUGGGAAAAAAUGAAAGCCAAUCAAGAGAAAAUGGCUCGUAAAAAGAAUCAAGAUGUUGUAAAACCGAACAACCAAGGUAAAGCUAGCAACAACGCUAACAGCAAUAAAGGAAAUAAUGUUAAGAAUAAGGACGCUGGUAGUAAAAACAAUGGUAAACCUACUAAAGGUAAAAAUGUUAGUUCUAAUACCACUGGAAAAUCAAAUAAUGCGGUUGAACAAACAAACGAAACCAAUGUAUCUACAACAUUAUACACAGCACCUUUGAUAAUCCCUGGGAUAACUGGAGACGACAGUGAAUGGGAGACAGUCAUAUCAAAGAGAAAGAAGAAAGCAAUGAGCAAAGAAGAAGCCAGCAAGGCUGGAGGAGCUCCUGGUGGCAAGGAAUCGACCAAUGUCCCUGUUAAUGCUAUUAAACUUAGCAAUUCAGUUAGAAUAGUUGAAACGGAGAAAGGAAUUAAGGUAACUAAUGAAGCUGGGCAGCCAUUGACAACAGAUCCGCUCAGAAAGCUGCGAAAUUUGAAGAAAAAGUUGAAAGACAUUGAAAAACUCAAAACCAUGGACCCUAAAAAGUUGGAAAAAGAACAAAAAGAAAAGAUCAAGAAUGAAAAUGAAGUUAAAGCAAUGAUUCAUCAAUUAGAAUCAUCACUCCAUUUAUAAAGAUAAAUCUUGGAAAAUUUGCUUAUUGUUGAUCAAAAGGUCUAUUUUUUCGCUGACGGCAAAUAAUAAUGUUACCAAUCAACCAUAUAAUAACAACCUUCAACCAGAACACUGUUCUUCUCUUCACUAGCCUGUAGUUAAUCAGCUCACGUUUGCAGCUAUUUGUGUAAUUAUUUCUAUAAAAUUAGACGAGUUUAUAAACUAAUCGUUUCAAGUAAUGAAUAACAUUAAAUUGCAACUCUUAAAUUUACAAAGUAAUUCACGAAAAAACACUCUACGGUCAUAACAGAAAUAAUUAGUUUUCUAAUGUUGGAUAUUAAACUGAUAAUCAACUAACUUUCAUUGACAAUAAAAUCAGACUAAGCCGUUUCAA